AUGGGAAGUUCUUUUGGAUCGGUUGUGCCUUCAAGUAGUUUCAAUUUUGGUGCAACAUCUGGACAGAACCCGUUCCAUAAUAAAAGUAAUACCAAUUCCAACCGUAAUACUAAUAAUAGUGCUAGUAGUGGUAAAGGAAACUUUUCAAAUCAAAACUUCUUCCAAAAGGAUAAACAAAAGAAGAAUAAGAAGAACCUUAGUCCGAAGAAAAGUAAUGAAACCAACUCAGUUCCUCAUAAAAGGUUUAUGAUGUCUCAUGAUAGAGGUGUCCUACAGGUAGGAUCAUUGCUUAGAGAUCCAACAGCAAUGGGGUUCGCACAACGAACACAUAGUCUACGUGAAGUACCGAAAUUUCUCAUCUCACAACAACCUCAAUUAAAACCAAAGAAAUUUAAACAGGAUCAUUGGGAUAGAAUAAAUCAAACAAAGAUGUUGAACCUCGAAGAAUCUAUACAAGAUAUGACGGAACUUUAUGAAAAGCUUAAGAAAAUGCGCGAUACUGAAAGAACAAUAAUGGAAGAUAAGGGACUUGUGGACAAAGCAGAUUCGGCAAAGGAUCUUAAUGAUGCAAUUGUAUUCCAGGGGACAUGUUUGGAUAUGUGUCCUAUUUUUGAAAGAGCUAGAAGAAAUGUCGAAUAUACAGUUUAUUCGUAUGAAAAGGAUGCUCCGGAUGAUAAGAAGGCCUCCAGGUCGAAAUCAUUGAAAGUUUUUGCAAGACCGGCAGCAGCUGCAGCUCCACCAUUACCUUCUGAUGUUAGACCACCGCAUAUUCUUGUAAAAACUUUAGAUUAUUUAGUUGAUAACCUGCUACCGACUUUACCCGAUAGCGAAGGGUUUCUUUGGGAUAGAAUGAGAUCUAUAAGACAAGAUUUCACAUAUCAAAAUUAUUGUGGUCCAGAAGCUGUAGAUUGUAACGAAAGGAUUGUUAGAAUACAUUUGCUUAUUAUUCAUGUUAUGGUUAAAUCUCAGGAAGAAUUUUCUUUGCAACAAGAAUUAGAACAAUUACAUAAGUCGCUAAUUACUCUGUCAGAGAUAUAUGACGAUGUUCGUGCAAAUGGAGGAAGUAGCCCAAAUGAAGCAGAAUUUAGAGCAUAUGCAUUACUUAGUAAGAUAAGGGAUCCACAAUAUGAUAAAGCCAUUCAGGAUUUACCUGCAGAAAUUUUACAAAACGAUUUAAUUCAGUUGGCGCUAUGUUUUAGAAGAAUCAUUUCGAACUCUAGCUUCGUUGAGAGAGGUUAUAUGAGAACUGAAAAUUGCUUGAAUUUGUAUGCACAAUAUUUUAAAUUGAUUCAAUCCAUACAGGUUCCAUUCCUAUUAGCAUCCUUUUUAGAAAUCUAUUUAAAUGAAGUCAGAUUCUACGCAGUGAAAGCAUUAUCACAUUCCAUGAACAAAAAACAUAAACCAAUUCCAACAAUCGUUAUUUCAGGUGAAUUAAUGUUUAAUAAUUUAGAAGAGUUGACAGAAUUUUGCCAAUAUUAUACAAUAGAUAUGACAGAUGAAGGUGUUGACCUUAAGUCACUAACUACUAAUUCACAUCGAUUACCUGAGAAGAAACCACUAAGAAACCAUUAUUUGGCUUGUGUAGACGAAAAAUUAAAUGCAACAUCCUAUAGCGUUAUUAUUAAUUCAGGAAAACCUAAUAUCGAUACUCUAAAAUAUAAUACCACUGGACUUCAAAAUGUUAUUACAAUUGAAGAGGAACCUCAGAAGACACGUAUACCGGAUGAUGGUCCUACCAGUUUACCCAAGACAACUGGUGGUUUAGAAACCUCUAAAGAUGAUAUAAAAAAUCAAGAAGUAGGUAUAAGUUCAUUAGUACCAAAUAGUAUUCCAUUAACUAAUAAACAAGGACCAGUAACUAAUAUAUUACAAACAAGAGUCGUUCCGUUCAAUACUGUACCGUCUAUCCAUGAAGGAUUUACUAAUACUCCCUCAAUUUCAAAGACUGCGGUAAAUCUCGCGAAUAAUACAGUUACUUUAGAACCAAAGUCGACACAUUUAGAGUCGUCUGUUUCAAAUAAGCAUGAUAUACUUGCACAAAAUAAUAAAAAUGAAAAUUUAGAAAAAGAAUUUGAAAAGAAACAAUUAAAAUUAGAAGAAACUAAAAGAAAUGAAAUUAAAAGAAAACAAGAAAAAGAAGAAGAGAAAAGAAAAAGAAAAAUAAUUGCACAGGAUAGUGCAAUAGCAGCUAUUACUAAUACCAUUAUCAAGGAUGUUAUACAGAAACAAUGCCAAACAAUUGUAAAUAGCUGUAUAAAUAGCAGAAACAAUCGAAUAGAAGUGCUAGAUGACUUAGCUGUUGAACUUUAUGAUGCAUUCAUUCACGAAAAGAUAUAUUUUGUAUUUUUAGAGGCAAAAUCUGAUUCUCAAAGAAAUAAAUAUCUCCAAAAACCUUAUUUCAAAAGGUGGAGCCUAGCAUUGAAGAAAAAGCAAGGACGUCAAGAAGCUUUGAAAAAGCAUAAAACCGAAAUACAGAAUUUGGAGAGACAACUUGGAGUUCCCGCUCUCAGCAAAUCAAAGCGAUUACUUAACACUCCUACUACUACGGAUGUCAAUUCUUCAUUCCUGUUAAACUCAUCCAUAAAAAAUAAAAAUAUGUAUUCCCCUGUCACCAAUGAAAGUAAUCAGUUUUCUCUUGAAUUGAUUAAGAAAAAAGGAUCAUUAUGGAAGCCAUUCGACCUAAAAAAAUUGUAUUUAGAUAGAGUUGCCACCAAAUAUCUUCGUCAAAUGAAACAAUCAAGUGAUAUCUUUAUUUAUUCAAAAUCUUGGAACACUGUAUCGAGCUCAUGGAUUUUGAGCAAAUUCGAUCUUAAGGACUCCAAAUCUGUAGCCCACGUGGGUGAUGGGAACUUGACCUUAAAUAUCAAAUGUAUUGAUGAAAGGUUUAAUCCCACUGAUUUUACAGAAACCCAAUUGGUUAUUUUUAAUACCGGGGUGACUGAUGACAGUAUUUUCGAUUUAGAGAUGAAAUUAAAACAAGAUGGUGAAGACCUUAUUAAGUUAAUUACAGGGGUUGCUUUGAAUACCAACACCAAUUUUAAUCUAUUAUUGAUAUAUUGGGAGUCGUCAGAAACCCAAUUAUCUGAUUCAACAAUUUCGAAACAUUUAAAAUUAAAUAGAAUUGAUAGAAAUUUCAAUGGGAUAUUAGAAAAUAUUGGAUUCGUUAAGGUCAAUGAAAAGAAUCCCGAUAUAUCUGUUAAAAAAGGUUUGGUAAAAAUAUCAGAAUCGUUCCAAUAUAAAUUGACUGACAGAGGUAAGUAUCACGAGUCACUCAACAAAAAGCGAAAUCAACGUGUAACCUCUCAAGAAAAACAAUUAAGAGCAACAAAGUCUAUUGAUGAAAAGAUGAAAAUAAUGCUUGAAACAGAAAAUGUUGCAUAUAAUAAACAGAUCAGCGAGGGGAAUACAUAUGCACAUUUACAACCGCAUAUUGCAGCAUCCCGAAAGUUAAGAAAGAGAAAGUUGCCAAUUUUGGUAUCAGAAACAAAAUCCAGUAAAUUCAAAACACCCAUGGGUUCUAGAAUGAGAUAUUCAUCUCACACAUCGACAGACUCAUUACCACAACAAUCGCAUUUAGCAAUCAAGGUCAGAAAUGGAGUUUCAAGGGUAGCAUCACAUCAUGGACCACUUCCUUCCGGAACACCGUCUCAUAGCACAAAUGUUCCAAACACAUCAUACGAUUCACACGUUAUACCAUCAUUCGGGAGCUCUGUUGGUAACAAUACCUCAUUUCAUGGAAUAUCUCAUAUUCCAGGUACCCAAGACUCAAAUAUAUUUCAUACUCCAUCAAAUGCUAUUACCGGAGAUGAGUCAGUAAUUGAACUACAACAGGCAUCAGUUAGGAAGUCAUCAGAUAUACAAGAAUUGAAGAGCCUAAUUGCCAGUGUCAAAAAAAGAGUAAAACCUCACGAGUAA